AUGAUUCGUAUCACUUCACUUUCUAGAACUCUUCAACUCUCGAGGAAACAAUGUUAUUCAAGCAUAAACACUGGUGUCAAGUCCGUUCAGAAGACUAAGUCACACCGUUUUCGUAAUACACUGCUAACAUUAUCGUUGGGUACCGUGACCUUUUACGCCUGUGGAAUAAUACUAACUGAAUAUACAGAUAAUAGGGCCACGGAUUGGUUCAUAGAUAAUGUCCCUUUUGCAGAUUCUAUCAUUGAUACUUACGAUCAUUCCAGACUAAAAAAUCCGACAAAAUUGAACCAAUUGAGUAGUUAUGUCACCGGGAGUACUAUAGGAAUACCAGUCCACAGGCCUCUGCCAUUAGAAGGUGAAAAAGAAGAAAAUAUACUAAAGCUAAGGUUGUGUAACAAGGAUCACAAUGAUUAUGCAAUGCUCGAUAAAAUUAUCAAUGAAUUAAAUUCAAUAAUCCAAAAGAUAAACAGUGAAAAAUUGGUGAUGGAUAAAUCACAAAUUUAUUCAAUUUCUAGCAGUUUCAAUGACUUGAGUAGCAUUUUAGAAGAAUUUAAUGAUAAUUUGGAUGCGAAUGUCACUGACGCCAUUUCCGAAGGUAUCAAAAAUGACAUUACUAGAUUAGAUAAAGAGUUUAGGGAACAAUUAGCUGCUAAAACAGAAGAAAUAGAAGAAAGCUACAAUGUAAAAUUCGAGAGAUUCAAAACUCAUUUGGAAGAAAGAACUCAAAGGAUCUUAGAAACCAGUUUAGCCUCUAACGAAGCUAACUUGAGAUCAAAACAGGAAAAUGAUAUCGCAGCUUUAUCCAUCGCUCAGGUGAAAGAAUUCGAGAAAAUUGUCAAGUCGAAGGUAGAACAGGAGCGCAGUGGAAAAUUGGCUAAUCUAGAUGAAUUAGAUGGGAGUUUGGCAAAUUUUCAAAAGUCUGUUGAUCGGUUAAAUAAACUUUUGACUAAGAAUGUGGCAAUCACCCAACUAUCUUCAAUUCUGAAUGAUAUGAAAGACCUUUUAAGAUCAAAUGAAUACGUUAGUAUCUCAAUGAAUGACAAGGUAAACAGAUUGAAGCAGUUAAAUACGUUGCUGAAACAAUCACAAAAGACGUCAUGCAACUGCCACGAAAAAACAGGACAAUGCCAUUGCAGCAAUAAAAGUCCAAAAUCAGAAACUAAUUGUUCAUGUCACGCGAAGAAGAAACCUACACUACUCGAUGUUGCUAUAGAUGAACUAGAGGAAAUCUCACAUGAUCAAAAAAUAUUAUCAACUGAACAACUUUAUAAUAGGUGGAACAUGCUGGAAAGAGAUUUCAAGACUGCAUCCUUAUUACCACCAAAUGCUGGGAUUCUGGGCCAUUUCACGGCGAAACUAUUCUCACUACUACUAGUCACAAAGAGGGGGGAUAACCAGAAAAAUGACCUUGAUUCCAUAUUUGCAAGAGUUUCAGAUUAUUUAAAGCUUUCUAAACUAAACUUAGCACUGGAAGAGGUGAUUAAACUGGAAGGAUGGCCUCGCAUAUUAUGCGAAGAAUGGAUAUGUGAUGCAAGAAGAAAACUAGAAAUAAAGAGUUUGAUUGAUUUAAUGGACUACGAUUUAAAAACUUCAUAA